ACGCUCCCUUUGGACGGUCCAGGAAGGUUACCAAGCAACGUCACCGCUACGUCAUUAAUAUUCAUGAGUCAAGCCGUCGCCGUAGUAGGUUUCGAGCUGGAUGUAUGUGUAUUGCGCAGCUGCUGCACUGAGGCGACGCUCCCUCAUUCCGCUACGAGCUGGACCGACUGAAGGAUUCACCGGAACUUCAGCCCGUGCGGCUGUCACAGUUUUAAAUAGGGGUUCGGUCCAAUAUGGCGGCAGACGGAUGGAAAUACUGAUGACAGUCCGAAAGAUCGCCUCGAUUUGUACGAUGGGCGCCAAUGCCUCUGCUUUGGAAAAGGAGAUUGGACCGGAACAGUUCCCUGUUAAUGAACACUACUUCGGACUGGUCAAUUUUGGCAACACCUGCUACUGUAACUCGGUGCUGCAGGCACUGUACUUCUGCCGGCCGUUUCGGGAGAAAGUGCUUGCAUAUAAGGUCCAGCCACGCCGUAAAGAGAGCCUGCUCACCUGCCUGGCUGACCUGUUUAACAGCAUUGCAACUCAGAAGAAGAAAGUGGGAGUCAUUCCACCAAAGAAGUUCAUCUCCAGACUGAGAAAGGAAAAUGAACUGUUUGACAACUACAUGCAGCAGGAUGCCCACGAGUUCCUCAACUACUUGCUCAACACCAUUGCAGACCUGCUGCAGGAGGAGAAGAGCCAGGAGAGACAGCAAAAUGGCAAGGUAAUGCAGAAUGGUGGUGGAGGAGGAGGCGGCGGAAGCAGCAGCAGCACAGGAGAGGGUGAAACAGAGGAAAAGACCCAACAGACCUGGGUGCAUGAGAUCUUCCAAGGCACACUGACCAAUGAGACGCGAUGCCUCAACUGUGAAGCGGUGAGCAGUAAAGACGAGGACUUUUUAGAUCUUUCAGUGGAUGUGGAGCAGAAUACCUCCAUCACGCACUGUCUUAGGGGUUUCAGCAACACAGAGACCUUAUGUAGUGAAUACAAGUACUACUGUGAACAAUGCAGAAGUAAACAGGAGGCUCAGAAAAGGAUGCGUGUGAAAAAAUUACCCAUGAUCCUUGCCCUGCACCUAAAGCGCUUUAAGUAUAUGGACCAGCUUCAUCGCUACACCAAGCUUUCCUACCGCGUGGUCUUCCCUCUGGAGCUGAGGCUCUUUAACACGUCUGGGGACGCCACCAACCCAGACCGAUUGUAUGACCUGGUGGCAGUAGUUGUUCACUGUGGAAGUGGUCCAAAUCGAGGACAUUAUAUUACUAUAGUGAAGAGUCAUGGCUUCUGGCUUCUGUUUGAUGAUGACAUUGUAGAGAAAAUAGACGCCCAAGCAAUUGAAGAAUUCUAUGGUCUGACAUCCGACAUCUCCAAAAACUCUGAGUCAGGGUACAUACUCUUUUACCAGUCUAGAGACUGAGACAAUGGGAGUGACUGACGGAAUUGGAGGGCGUGAUUCGUGAGGGACAGAAUCGGGCAGAUAGGGAGGCUUGGGCUCUGUUGCCUGGCUCAGCUCCCUUCUCCAUCCCCUCUCAGUCAAGUCCCUUUUCAUCCAGGCUUAUCAAUGGAGCUUUGCACCAGAGCAUCAGGCGGGUCCCAGUCAGGAGCAGUUGAUGCCAGAGUGACCUGGACACAGCACAGUAAUAACCAGUCAGUCUGGUUAGCUGUCAUCUCACUCGCCUGCUUCGUGUUGCUCGACACACACAAACGCACAUAUACACACAGCUGUGAAAUGAGCUACACGUACGUCAUUGAUGGCCUAAGAAUGGACGCUGUUUUUUUUCCCACCACACAGUAACAGGGUUCAUUUUGUUCAUUUAAUUCUUUGCAUCACAUUAUGUAUUGCCAUUCAUAACGUCAUGGUCAAUCUAAAAACCUUUACAACGAUUUUCUUCAUCCUACAGAGAAAACUCGCAUCUGCAAUGUCUAACCUGGCACAUCAUGCUAUUCAUGGUAACCAGCUAGUUAUGAAUGUGUAGCAGAACAGAUUACUUAUUGUAACUGAGCAAUGUUAAGUGGCUGGUAGGGAUUUAAGAUCAUGUAGGGGAUUUUGUGUGAAGUGAUGGGUGUGGUGCAGAGAGGAUUGUGAGGUGUAAAGGAUGUGGCUUGACCUAAGAAUACUCUUUUGGUAUUCAUUGAAUGUAAAAUUUCAAUAGAUAUUGUGCAAGCGAGUGUAAAGUUUGGAUUUGAUAUAGUGCACAUUUUUUGGUGCACUUAAUAUAGAGCGUGACCGAUGGAAAUACAAGCUAGGGAUUUAUAUUAUUCUAAAUAUAAGUCCAUGUAUAUUGUAUAGUAACCAAAACUGCACACAUUUCCACUCGUAUCACUAACACUGUGUCCCUGUGAAAUCGCCUUAUAAUGCUGACGUAUUCAGUUCGGUCUGUUAAUAAAAGAAAAGUUGGAUGAUUUAACCAAGCUCGCUUAUCUCUAGGGCUGUACACUCCAUUAUAGAGACUUGCAUUAAGUUCUGCGUAAUGUCAGUAACUCAUCCCUAGAUCUCUAUUGUCUUUUCCUUUGCCCUGUUAAUAGGUAAUGUUUUACCUGAACCUUAAUUGGAAAUGAAGCACAGCUGUAGGAUAAAGUACAAGUGUAGGUCUGUCUGUGCAAGUCUCUAAAACCUGCAUGGCUGCUUUGCAGUGGUUAUAUUGGUUAAGAUCUUGUUAAAGCGAUUCAGUUUCUAGUACAGAUAAGCCCCUUCUUUCAUUUGGCCAUUAUAUACGUAUGUCACCAUGCGAUUAUUAGCACAAUUUUACACAGGCACCCGGCAAGGUUAGGUUUUUCAGCCUUCAUCUUGCAAAUGUCCAUAUUAGCAAAGUACAAGGAGGAGUUUCCUGAUUUAAUUUUAUUCCAACAAAAUAGUUCAGACUGAAGUGGAUGUUUAAUAGAGAAUGAAUAAAGGUAUUUUAUGUUCAGAGCUUUUCCAACACUGGUUUUAUUUGAUUGUUUAUUUGACAACAAUGCGCUUUAAUCUGUAAGGGGACCGUCAUGACUGACAGUGCUGCUGAUUGUUAAUCCAUACGUCAUGUAAAGUCUACUUGACAUCAAUGCAUGCAUUGUAUAACAACUGUUGACAUUGUUAUAAAGCAUGUAAACAAACAUCACAGAGGCUUUAAGCAUUUUACUGGCAUUGUGCGUCUUAAGUAGACUCAACUAUAUGUUCAAAUAAACUGACAUAUGGUGCCAUGUAAAUUACACAUUUACACAUGCUAUGUAAAUUGUGACAUCACUUUUGAAUAAGGCUUACCCAAGCCGAGUUAACUGGAUAUUAUUAUUUUAUUUUUUUAAUUUGCUUGUGAUUUAGUAGUUUUUGGGGAAGGAAUGUUUCUUUUAUUUAUGUGUAAUUAUAAAUGUUAUAUUAACUUUUUUUUGACGCUCUCAUUUUUAUACAUUUUGCUAAUUAGUCCCUUGUCUGGACACAGGCCAGGGCUCUUGAAUGACUGUUGAAUGAGAAACAUAAGGGUGAUGAUGUUUGCUUGGAAUUGAUGCCGUAAGCUUGAAACAAAACAUUCAUAUACACAAUUACGCACUGAUCACUGUAACAGCACCCCGAGUGUUUGGUAGUUUUGGCAUUGGCAGGCAGACAGAAACUACAUAAAGACACGAGACAAAUGUAGUGGAAAGCUGUCAUACUAACAUUCACGAAGAGUUUAGAGUGACACUAGUUUUGUGUUUCAUUCCUGCCCCUUUUCUUAACAUUGUCAAGAUGUUAAUUCCGUACUGCGUUUGAAAAAGUGCACUUUCGAUAAAGCAAUGUACAAAUUGUAAGCCAGAUGUAUAUUCUGGUUUUGGAGUGGAUGGUGUGGAUGAAAGUUGGGACUCAAUCACCCUGUCCCUAUAAUAAAAUAAACAAAAACGUGAA